AUGCAUGUCGUCGACGCGAUUGUUUGCACGGGACCGCAGGUGAUCCUCAAUAAGGUCGACCCGCCAUGGCGGAGAGACAUGGAUGGCGGUUGCAAGCUCCGUAAGCAGGACAGAGGCACAGUGGGCAUCGAUGCUGCCCUCCAAGAGAACGAAACGAGCUCCAAAACCUCGAGGAGCAUCUACCCGACCUUUGUUGAUCGCCUUCCUGACCCUGGGCUGGACAUCCUGCCGAACCUCAAGUCUUCUCAAGGGACAAACCAGUCCUCAUCCUUCAGCUCUAGAGUCUCCGCCGCAACCCCCCCCCACCAUCUUGACAGCACGGGAUACCUCCCUUCCUUGGAGUUCGUGAACUUGAACGAGACGACGAUCGCCAGGGCCGGGGACCCCCUUGCUCUUGACUUCAAGCUGAACGGCAUCGGGCCGACGGCAAUCAGCAAGUGGAAAUUCUUGUCGAUCAUGCUGAUAGUGAAUGGUUCGGAUUUGUUCUGGUACUCCACUAUCCCGAAGCAGGUCGCGGUUGGUUAUACGGGUGAGAUGUGA